CCUUAAAGAACUGAGCGUUUCUGGUUAAGCUGGUGUGACGUGAGGUAAAACUCACGACAAGCGGAGAGCAACAGCACUCAUCAGAUGCCAUGGCCUCUAAAUCGGAUCAGCUGCUCAUCGUAGUCUCCAUCCUAGAAGGUCGUCAGUUCCCCAAGAGCUCGCGUCACACGCUGGUGGUGCAGGCGAAGUUCGAUGGGGAGCAGCUGGCCACGGACCCAGUGGACCACAGGGACCAGCCUCAGUUCUGCACAGAGCUGGCCUGGGAGCUUGACCGCAAAACCCUCCACCAGCACAGACUCCAGCGCACACCAAUCAAACUGCAGUGCUAUGCAGUGGAUUCUGUCACAAAAGCAAGGGAGUCAGUGGGUUACAUCGUUCUGGACCUGAGAUCUGUUCAGGAAGUCAAACAGCCCCCAAAAUGGUACCCUUUGCUGAGUAGCAAGUACACCAAGCUGAAGCCAGCCAUUUUGAUCAACAUGGUACUUGAGAACGAUACCAAACAGUCACCUGAUCAAUUCAAGGCCAAAGAGGCUCCGCCGAGACAAGGCUCGCCUUUGUUGUCCAACCUGGUGCCAGAUAAGCUGGAGGCGGUUCUGAAAGAAGACGAGGGCUAUCACCAGAUCGGACCGGAGGAUCGCUGCGCAGACCCCUUCGUCCUGUCUGUCACUGUGGCGUUCGCCACCAAGCUGGAGCAGCUGAUCCCCAGCACCAUGAAGCUCUCGCAAGAAGGGUCCGAGUUCUUCUUCUACUACACUCUCCUGGGGAACGACAUCACCAGCGAACCCUUUCACAACCUCAUCAGUCCAAACUUCGAGCCGGAGAGGGCCUCGGUGCGGAUCCGCAGCAGUGCCAACGUCCUACGGGCCUACCUGAGCCAGCAGCCCGAUCUGCAGAUCCAUCUCUGCUGUGGGAACCACUCCCUGGGCAGUGCUGAGAUCAGCCUGUCUGGGCUGACAAAGAGCGCGGUGGACCUGGAGAAGCAGCCCGCCACCGUGGAGGGGGCCUUCACCCUGGUGCCUCCCAACCGAGCCAAGCUGAAACUGCCACUCAUUCCCCCGGAGUUACAGCCCACUCUGGGAGUGUCUGUGACUCUCAGGAGAGAGGGGGUCAACCCACAGUUGGGAAGUCCUGGUCGAGAUGCAGAUGAGCCUCAAACUCCUGUGAAAAAGGGGAUUGUGUCGCCCAUCCCGCCCAGAUCUCCUCCCCCAGAGCAGAGACCCUCUGUACCAGAGCUCAAAGGGAUGUCCCCUGUCCCAGACCGCACCUCUCCAGAACCCUGCCCCGCCAGCCACCACACAGAGAGCGAGGCUGAGAGCCUGCUGGAGGACCCAGGCCAGGCUCAGCCUGUCCCAGCAGAGCCAGUUGCAGGCCCCUCAGGUCCAGCCGGUGCUCAGGUCUACAUUGAGCCAGAGGCCCCGGUCUCCUCGGUGAGUGUCUCCGCGCCCAAGAUUGCCAUCCCGUCCUCUGCACACCACUUCUGCUUCUCUAUGGACCUCCGGAGCAUCCGAGACAUGGAUGUGGGCUUCCCUGUCCACUGCGUUCUGAGGUACUCUUACCAGUUUUUUGGGAGUGCUGCCCCCAUCAUGACCAAUCCCCCAGUUGAAGUCCAGAAGAACAUGGAGGUGUUCCUGCCCCAGUCCUACUGCGCCUUCGAUUUCGCCGCGCUUCCUCACCAGGUCCAGGACACCUUCCUCAGGGUGCCCCUGGUGGUGGAGGUGUGGCACAGAGACCCCAGCUCACGAGACGUCCUCCUGGGCACAGUGAGCAUCCAGCUCUCCCACCUCCUGGCAUCAGAGAAAACCCGCUUCCUGGGACCGACGGGGGAGCAGCACUGGAGGCAGACCUUCUCUGACAGGACACCUGUCAUCAAGGCCAGAGGGCCCAGUGAGAAGAUUGCUGAGCUGUGCUAUGUCACCACCCUGGAGGACCUGGGUUUGGUGAAAGCCCAGGAAAUCAUCAUAUCUGAGUCCUCACAGAAUGUCCCUCCGGUGCAGCCGAGGGCGGGGCCCCCUCCCAGGCAACAUCCCGAUGUUUCGGCUGUCCCCCCCGAGCCCCGCGAGACUCUGGAGUACAAGGCAGCCCUGGAGCUGGAGAUGUGGAAGGAGGAGCAGGAAGACCUUUUCGAUAACCAGCUGAAGCAGAAGGAGCUGAGCCACAUGCAGGCCCUGGCGGAGGAGUGGAGGAAGAGGGAGCGGGAGCGAGAGGCGCUGGUCAAGAAGAAGGAGAUGGAGUACAGCCUUUUAGAGGAGCAGCUUCAGAAAACACUGGCUGACUUGGAGAAGAGGGAGAAGCAGCUUGCACAUGCAGAGAUGGAGACGCAGCGGCUGCAGCGGGAAAUGCGGGCCGAGCACGAGUUCGCCAUGCGGGAGCUGCAGGACAGCGGCCGCCGGCUCCGCGAGGACUGCGCUCACCAGGUGGAGCUGGAGAGGUCAAAGGUCAGGCAGCUGGAGGAGGAGCGAGCGAGGCAGCAACAGCAGGUUCUGGAGGCAGAGAACAAGUACAAGCAGCUGGAGAAGGAAUUCCAGCAGUUCCGUGAGCAGCAGAACACGCGGCCCGAGAUCCGGCUGCAGUCCGAGAUCAACCUGCUGACUCUGGAGAAGGUGGAACUUGAAAGAAAGCUGGAAUCCACAACAAAGUCAAAGCUUCAUUACAAGCAGCAGUGGGGACGCGCCUUAAAAGAGCUUGCCAGAUUUAAACAGAGAGAGCAGGAGAAUGCCCUGAUGCGUCUGAAGAAACAGCAGCAGGAGCUCGAGCAUAUGAGGCUUCGCUACCUGGCGGCCGAGGAGAAGGAGGCCGUCAAAACCGACAAGCAGGAGCUGGAGGACAUCAGGAACGAGCUUAACAGGCUGAAGCAGCAGGAGGAGAAGAGGCCGGUGAAGGACGCCCCGGGCGUCCCUCUGAGCGAGAGCGCCGACGAGCACCUGAGCCGUCUGCUGGAGGAGAGGGACACGCUGCUGCGGACGGGCGUGUACACCCACGAGGACCGCAUCAUCGCCGAGCUGAACCGGCAGAUCCAGGAGGCCAUGUCCCACCGAGCGGCCCACUGACACCACGCUCGUCACACCCCCCCCGCGGCGGUGCCGUCACGUCAGACCGCUCGCAGCCGAAGCCAGCUGCAGCCACAGCUACUCGCUGUCUAGG